AUGUUUUGUUUUGUGACGCUCAUCCAAGACGAAGCGGGAGGAAGAUUAUGUUUCAUUGUUGCAGUAUUUAAAAUAUGUGUGUUAUUAUCGUUGGCGAGGGCGUCUGUACCAGGAGUGGUAAAAAAAGGCCAUGCGAAAAAUAUCUUGGACAUAACAUGCUCCUUACCAGAAUUCUCGAACGGGACACAUUGUGAGCGAUCUAAUGACAACCUCGUCUGUACAAAAGGCUUCACAAAUAUCUGGUUGACGAAGAUUAGUCAUGACAUAGCUCACUUGAAAUUGUUUGAGUGGACGGGAAAAUGUAUAGAUGUGGGGCAACUUCAACAUUGGUUUCCUCAACUUCGUACUUUAGACAUACGGAAUAGUUCUAAUCUGACAAGUUUUAAAGGACACUUUAAGGCAUCAAGUCAUAUUCAGAGAAUAUCAAUGUAUGGUCUUACAUCGCUAUGGGAGGUUCCGGCAGAAAUGGUGGAGAAAAUGGUGCAACUGCGAGUAUUAGAUCUCAGAAACAAUGCUCUAAGGCAUAUGAAAAUAAAUCUUCUACGAGAGCCUCCAAAUCUGGAAGCGGUGUACCUUAGUGAUAACAAAUGGGAUUGCAGUGAUGGUGGAUUGGACUGGUUGGCAAUGGAGAGUGAAAAUGGUACUGUUCGUAACCGACUCAUUGACUACUACGAAUUAGUUUGCUAUCAGCAGCUGUAUAGGGGCAAGCCCUUGCAUAAAGUUAUGGACAUAAUACGUAUGAUGCGAGAGACGUGUCCUGCGUUUUGCGAAUGUACAAUGACGCACGUAGUGUCUGACCGUAAAGGAAAAGUUAUUCCACUGAUAACUGUUGAUUGUUCUAAUCGACAGCUCGAGAAUCCUCCGACUUCCAUCCCUCUCAGUACCACCACACUACGCCUAGAAGGAAAUAAGCUAAAUAGUAUAAGACAGCUUUUGCAAAAUCCUCAAUAUAAAAAUUUGAUGGAUUUGUAUCUUGACAAUAAUAGUAUUCAAACGGUGAAGGAACUGGAAGGAUGGGAUUGGUUUUAUACUUUCAGAGUGUUGAGCUUGAGAGGAAACAUGUUGAAACAGAUACCAGUAUAUGCUUUCGAUAAAGCUUUUCAAGGUAAUAACGACAUAAUGCAUGUGUUUCUUGGCCAUAACCCAUGGAGGUGCGACUGCCAUUUUAUUCCACGAUUCCAAGGACUUUUGCUGAAAUAUAAGAGGGUAAUAAGAGAUUUGAAGGAUAUAAGGUGCGCAAUAUCGGAUGACAAAACAACGUCUCUUGUACAGAUAAGCACAAUGCCCUUAGGAAACGUUUGCAGAAAUAAUGAUGUGAAAAUGCCAAUAAGUACUAUAAAUAUUGUUAACUUAACCCUUGCAGUACUUUUGAUGUCGGUUAUUGGAAAGUUUUUAUAUGAUUGGCACAGGUUUAGAGCAACUGGAAAAUUGCCAUGGAUAUCUUCAAUGUUACCA